AUGACUGAUAGACUAACCCAACUUCAAAUAUGUUUGGACCAGAUGAUGGAGCAAUUUUGUGCGACUUUAAAUUACAUCGAUAAGAACCAUGAUUUUGAACCGAGUCAUCCAUUAGAGGCAAAGAUGAGUGAUAAACACGCUACAGUGAGUAAUCCAGAAGAGUUCUCAAACACUAUUGAUGAGCUCUCUACUGAUAUAAUAUUGAAGACGCGACAAGUUAUCAAAUUAAUUGAUUCUUUACCCGGUGUGGAUGUCUCCACAGAAGAACAAAUGCAUAGAAUCGAUGCUUUACAAAAAAGUCUAGUCGAUACAGAGAAUAAAAAAAUCGAAGCUAUAAAAGAAAAGGAAAAGCUGCUGAAGAAUGUAGAUGAUUUGAUAACAUUAUUUGUGUCGGGGAUUGCAGAUUCAAGACGAAACUUAAAUUCAACAAAUGAUAACGUUAUGUCAGAUAACUUUAAAGAAAGUAAUGUUACUAAUAUAGAUAUACCAUCAAAGGAUCUUUGA